UGGAUAAUGAAGUGCCAGAUGGAUGACAAGUUUGUUGUUUUUGCAGACAUGUGGAGAAAGAGCGUGUGUGAGGGGUGUAAUGAGCUCAUCCGGGACAGGUACCUGCUCCGCGUGCAGGACGGGCUGUGGCACGAGCGCUGCCUGCACUGCGCAUCAUGUCGCGAGCCUCUGAAAGACACCUGCUUUCUCCGCAAUAAAACACUCUACUGCAAGCGAGACUACCAGAAGCUGUUUGUAGUGCGGUGUCAGGGCUGUUCAGAGAUCAUCUCUCCAUCUGAGCUGGUGAUGCGGGCGCAGGGCUCUGCUGUUUUCCACCUGCGCUGCUUCUGCUGCUGUGUGUGCGGCUGCCGGCUGCAGAAGGGAGAUCACUGUGUGCUCACAGGAGACGGCCUCUUCUGUGCCACACACUUCCACAACCAACUGGCCAGUCCCACCUCCUCUGACUCAGGUAAAAGUGAGGAUAUUGAGGAGGAGGAUGAUGAUAAAGAUAAUUUGAAGACAGCAGAAGAGUCGAACACAACAGGAGAAGUGGAACACAAGAGGCCUAAAAGACCUCGUACCAUCCUGACAACACAACAGAGACGAGCUUUCAAAGCUUCGUUUGAGGUCUCAUCCAAACCCUGCCGAAAGGUCAGAAAAUCAGAUACUCUGGCAGCAGAGACAGGACUGAGCGUACGAGUCGUUCAGGUCUGGUUCCAGAACCAAAGAGCCAAGAUGAAAAAACUGGCGAGAAGACAACAGCAGCAGAAGCAAACUGUUUCCCCACAGGAGAAAAGGGAGAGUCAAUCACAACAACAUACUGCGCCCUCUUGUGGAGCUUUACCCGUGGAGCUGGAAUGCGCAGGUUCAUAUUCACUUCACCAGCAGAACCUCAGUCUAGAUUCACAGAGCUUCAAGCUGGACCCCUUCAGACAAGGCCUCACCCCUCCUCAGAUGCCCGGAGACCAUAUGCAUCCCUAUGGUUGUGACACACUCUAUGACGAAACAGACAGUGACCCUCUGUGUCAUUUUGGAGACUGUAUGUCGUCCAGUGAACCCUCCUUUUUAACACCCAUUGACCGAUUGUAUUCAAUGCAAGAUUCUUAUUUCGCCUCCUGA